UUUCAGAGUUGAUCUUCAUACCUAAAUUAGAUGUUUCUCGAGCAACUACUCUACCUGUCUUGGAAAAUGUCAUGAGGUCCUUUUUUUUCAAAUAAACUCUGAUAAAGGUUCAUCUUGUGCCAUCAUGUCUGGCCUUAAUCCUUCAUUUGGUUCUCCAGAGGAUGUGGGAAAUGGAACUUUCCUGGAACUUUUUCCUACCUCUAUCUCAACUUCAGUGGAUUCGUCAUCGUCGCCAACCCGGUUAUCAAAUGUUUACGUCUACGUUUCCAUUUUCCUCAGUUUGUUGGCAUUUCUCCUACUGCUUUUAAUUAUUGCUCUUCAAAGACUGAAAAAUAUAAUCUCUUCAACCUCUUCUUAUCCAGAGUAUACUAGUGACGCAGGAAGCUCCUUCACUAAUUUGGAAGUUUGUAGCAUUUCUUCACAGCGGUCUUCUUUUUCUAACCUGUCUUCAUAAGACAAUAUAAAGGGGAAUCUUAAAAAAACUAUAAAACAUGGAAAUAUUGCAUGUGACAUUUUACUAUAAAACUGAAAAGGCAUCUCUUAUUCAUUCUGUUUGAGUCAAUGCUGCUUUUUAAAUCAAUUUAAAUGUUGCCAUUUAUGUACUUUAUCUGCGUAUAUUGACAUUGACAUAUUCAAGCUACGUUAACAUACUCUCAUUGAGUUUGAAAGUUGAAACAAUUCGCAUUAAUGAGAUCCAUAGAGCUAAUACAAUAAAUACAAUUAGGGCCAUAAUAUAAAUCUGUCAUCCGCUCUUUAAAAUUAAAAAUUCCUUCAAAAGCUUGAUUUAUGUGAAAUCAUAAAAUAUAGAUGGUCUAUUGCAUAGGUCACCAAACUUGGCCUUUCAGCUAUUGUCUACAUUUUCUAUUACACUCUGCUAGCCAACAGUUAAUGGCUGGCAUGGGAGUCCAACAACAACAGCAGCUCAAGGGCCAAUAUUGGACAGCCCACAUGUAUAUAUUCUGCCUCAUGUAGCUUUUAAGCUCUAAAUAAUUUCUGCAAUACUGUUCAUUUCGAAGCUGUGUUUUCAUUUGUUGGCCAUGUACAAAAGAAUGUUGAGAAUAUUUUAUAUAAUUAUUUAGUCCCUUUACUUUUCAUAAAUAAAAAUAAAUAGACUAUCUGUACAGUAUGAUGGAUCAUAUUAUUAUUAGCAUUUUUAUAGUGCAAACAUACUCUGCAUAGAUUUGCAAAUAUACCAGUGGGGAUAUAAAACAGUAAAUAUUAGUACACAGACAAAAUAAUGUUGACAGAUGCAAUAGGUGAAGUUCUCAAAUGAGUUUGCAAUCUCAGAACCCAUAUAUAACAAACCUUAUGAGUUUUGAAUUGAUGCACAUCAUGUAAAAGGAAUAUAAUCAAAAAGAAAAAAAUCACUUCAGUAAGAUUUAGAGGUUAUUCAAGAAGGGUCUGCAAGACUUGUGUAGAAUGUUCAUGAGCUUCCUGUAUUUAACCUCCUCCUUCUUCUCACAGCUCCCUUUAUGUAGAUAGACUGCUGUCUGACCUCAGCCAGUAAUCAAAGUGCAUAGCAUAAAAAGCCAAUUUCACUUCUGGCACUGUCACAAUAAAGAGAGGCUUGUGUUUUUAAAGAAGUUCCUACAUGUUCGCAAUCACUUGAAAGGCAG